CUCAUCCCCCACACAGUGCGCUUAAUUCUAUGCGCUUAUUGUGGUUGCCGUUGACUUUCAGUUGCCAGCCAAGCUUCGUCAGUCGUGAAGUUCAUCGUUCAACCUGCAGACGUGUUUUCUCGUUAACGUUCAGCACUGGCCGGAAAGUGUUCCAUCAUCGAACUGGGUCUGGGGCCCAUUUGUGGUACUGUGGUUGUUGUGCGGUAGCCGUUGGAGCGCGGCGUCAGUCAAUCGCUGACUGGUAGCAGGGCGUUGGCAAUAUUACAGCCAAGUGUGGAUGGUGGAAGUGACCAACAUUUGCUCGGGGAUCUGAGCUCAGGAAAAAUAAGACUAGCGCCGUUUCAUGGCCCUUAUAGUCGCAAGUUGUAACUAGUGUUGGCGAAACGGGGCAAAAUCUUAUCUGUGACGGCUGAGUUAGAUAGCGAAAUUUGAUGAUAAGCGAGCUGGUGUGUAUAGAAUAAGGUAGCGUGACGAAAAAAAUCGAUAAAGCACAGGUGAAUUAGUAAUCACUGCCCAAACGAGUGGGUACGAACUGUCCCAACAUUGUUAUUUUCAUUACACUUACGCGGAAAUUGUGCAACAGUGAGCUGGGAAAAUAGUUUAGAAAAUAAAAGUUCAUUGUUCCGGUUUACGCAUGGAAAACUUCAGAGGAAAAGUGAAUGAAUGGUCCGUUAUGUCUGGCGCUGGAAAAUGUGUUCAACUCUAACGCGACAAGCUUGGAAUUUAAAAAAUAAGGCACUGAAAAAGUGACUCAACGCGUAGAUUAAUAAUCAUCAAGAUUACUCAUCGCAGACAGACGAGCAGGAAUUUUAUGAAUGACCAACAUCUACCCAGCCGCCAACCUCAAUUAACCCUCACACAGACAUCGGCAGCAAUAGCGUAGUGAAACCCGCGACGACGCACCUGCAGUGCACAACGAUACGUGAUAACACGACAGUCAGUCAGUCAGUGGUAUGCAAAGUGGUGUAGAAUUAGUGAACCGAUACCUGUCCUCAAACGACGACCGCAAUGUGACUAAUAGAGCUAUCACCGCUAAGUUUUCAUCGCAUGAUUUAAAUAUCUUACUAAGUGCUUCUUUAUGUUGCUCGCCAUCGAGUGCUGGCAAUGUUGCGAAACAUAAGCAGUGAUAUCACCUUGAAAUUGUUUUGAGAAUAGUAGUGCGCGAAGUUUAAACAACGUGAGAAAAUACUAUACGAUUGCUCAUUGUUAUAACGCUAAGCCCGUCGUUUGUCGUUGAUUCGCGCACCCAAACACGCAAAGUGGGCUAAGUGCGGGUGAAUCAUACUGCAAUUACGUUCCAACCACACCGGCAAUAACAGUUCGAAGAGUCUCAAUCACCACCAGUCCAGUUAAUGCUGCCAUCGAAUCGACCAAUGUGUUGCAUUGCUGUCGAAACCAGUUUCGCGUAUUUCAAGAAUGGCUUUAAAUACCAACUGCGAGCCACCAACGUAUUUCCAACAGCACAAGCCUUCGGCUAAGGCUACCAACAACAGCAGCAUCGACAGAGGUGGAUGUAGUGUACGGAAAAAAUGUGUUCAUCUGAGUUCCAUCAGCAUCGGUUGUAGGGCAGCUUUCGUGUUUAUACUUUACGUUGCUGCAUUCGUUAGCUUGGUAAACGGACAGUUCCACACGACACGCGAUCCGCGGUGGUAUUCCCGUGAAGGCGAUUUCAAUUACCGUCUACCUAACCCGGGCGAUCCUGAUUACAGAACCUACACUUAUAACAACCGACGAUAUGGUUACUACCAACCGAAUGGAUAUGGACAGCAAUAUCCAGGUCAAAACAAACCCGGUCAGUAUCCUCAAAAUACUGGCCUUGGUGAGGAUAGAUUUAAGUAUGAUCCGACCAAUCCAAACAACGUCCAAACACCGUUCCCGGGUGUGCUCGGUGGCUGGCGGGAAGAUCUGCAGGGCAAACUGCGACGUGACUCAAUCCAGCUGGAACGCGACGUGUUUGUAACGACCAACUAUGGUCAGGUGCAAGGCUUCAAGGUCAACAUGUACGACAAUCCGGAUCCGAAGUCGUUCUUCCGACCUUGGCACAGUCCCGUCGAUCGGAUUGUGGGAACCUGUUCAACCUUCCUGGGUAUUCCGUACGCACUGCCACCGACAUUCGAGGGACGAUUCAAGCCUCCGCGGCCGCAUAGAGGAUGGCAAUUGCUGCAAGCAGUGGAUUACGGACCCGCCUGUCCCCAGCCCGUUCAGUAUACCGGUGCUACCAAGGGCAUACGCGACAUGGAUGAAGAUUGUCUGUAUCUGAAUGUGUUCUCACCAAACACCCAGUCCGGUGUGGCUCAGCGAUACCCCGUGAUGAUUUACAUCCACGGUGGUGAGUUCGUUCGGGGAGCUUCGAAUGUAUUUCCAGGGCACAUGCUGGCCGCAUUCUACGAAGUAGUGGUCGUCACCUUCAACUAUCGUCUCGGGGCGCUCGGGUUUCUGUCCACCGGAGAUGAGAACUCACCGGGCAACUACGGUAUUCUGGAUCAGAUUAUGGCAGUACGGUGGGUGUACGACAACAUAGAGGCGUUCAACGGAGACCGUAACUUGAUAACUCUCUUCGGUCCGGGUGCGGGAGCUGCAUCCGCUGGGUUGUUGAUGGUAGCGCCUCAAACCAAGGACAUCAUCGCACGAGUCAUAGCCCAAUCUGGUGCGGCAGUUGCCGACUGGGCGCUAAUUGUAGAUAAGUAUCGAGCGCAGAAUACAAGCCGAGUCUUCGGUCAAAUGGUUGGAUGUUCAAUCGAAACGUCGUGGAAAUUGGUAAACUGCAUGCGACAAGGUCGUAGUUUCUUCGAGCUAGGAAACGCAGAAUUUGCUCCGCAUGUUGGUCUGUUCCCAUGGGGACCCGUUCUGGAUAUCAAUUUUACCUUUCCUGGCGAUGAGUGGUACGAAGGUUGGAGAGAACGAGACUGGCAUUUCCUGUCGGAAACUCCUGAGCAGCUAAUUAAAAAAGGACAAUACAACCGAGGAUUGCACUACAUGAGCGGAGUAACGCUACAGGAAGCUGCCUUUGUGAUUUCGCAGAACGAAUCGCUAGCGCCGUACUACGAAGUCGAUGAAAAAUUCUUCAAGCAGAAAGUAUGGGAACUAGUUUAUCGGUAUAACUACACAUUGAAUUUGAAUGGCACGUAUGAGGCUAUAAAAUAUAUGUACACUCAUUGGCCAGAUCCACAGAAUACAACCUUUAUCAGGGAGCAGUACAUAAAUCUUCUUUCGGAUUUCCUUUACCGAGCCCCGGCAGAUAAGAUGACUAAGCUUCUGGUGGAAAGACGACUUCCGGUCUACAGCUACGUUAUGAACACGACAAUUGAAGCUCUCAAACUUCCAGAAUGGCGAAAAGUACCGCACGAUAUCGAGCAUUAUCUUCUAACAGGGGCACCUUUCAUGGAUGUUGAGUUUUUUCCCAGAAAAGCCCGUCUUGAUCGAUUAAUGUGGACCGAUAAUGAUCGCAAUAUGAGUCACUUCUUUAUGAAAACAUUCUCGGAUUUUGCACGCUAUGGAAACCCAACGCCGCAACAAGUGCUGGGACUAUUUUUUGAGCCGGCUAGAAAUGGUGAACUCAAAUAUUUGAACCUGAACACCACGUACAACUCUACAAUUCGAAUGAAUUUCCGCCAAACGGAAAGUGCUUUUUGGACACAGUACAUUCCCACAGUGGUCGGAGUAAUGGUGCCAACUUAUCCCCCUACUACGGAGUUCUGGUGGGAGCCUAAGGAACCACUGCAGAUAGCUUUCUGGAGUAUGUCCGCCGCGUGUCUGCUUCUGAUCGUGUUGGUAGUUAUAUGCUGUAUACUGUGGCGAAACGCAAAGAGGCAAUCAGAUCGGUUCUACGACGAUGGAGUUUUUGUAGUGGAUAAUCCAGAAUCCGAGCGCGAUGUUGGAAUCGACAACAAUGUUUUGCAGGCUCAACCACUUAGAACGCGAGAUAAUAUCUACGAGUACCGUGAUUCACCGGCGAAAUACAAAUCUCCACCAAACGAUUCCUCUUCGAUCCGGUCCCCCAGUUCGCUGGCGAUGACACAAACCACUGCCAAGUCUAUCUCCGGAAGUCAGAGCUCCCUGCGUAGUGCCAUUUCAAUGAAAGAAACAACCAACAUAAGUCCUAUUCCUCGGUCCGAGUCAAACUUUGAUCGCAACAUCAAGUACGCCGAACGCGGGGUGGACACCGAAAUCAAUAAAAACGGAAAGUACCACAGUACGGAUUCCAGAGGUGCCCUUAGUGAUACGAAAUCGAGGGAAUUUUCAACCAGUACACCUAUCGAACCGGAUCCGAGAUCUCAGCAACCGACUCCGCAACCGGCUAGCCGGGGAACAGGUCGAGUCGGAUACGAUCGUAGCAACAAUGCAAGUCGAACGAAUUUAAUCGAAGGAAUUCCGCAGACCGAGGUUUAGGUGGUAAGUUAAGAUAUGAAACACGUUAAGGUUUAGGAUAGACUAGAUUAGCCCAUUUGUAACGAAGUUUACCAGUUACAAAAUGCCACGCGUCCCCAUCACAACACAAAUCAACCUCGAUUAUCCCAACAUAUCAGGUUAGGUUUAUUUAACGAUAAGACAAACCGCUUUAGCCUUAAGAAGACAAUCGAAGCCGUACUGUAGGAAGUUUACAUACAAAAAUCUACAAUAGAUUGACGUUAUCGAAUAAGUGAAACAAAAGCACCAAGUGCCUUAAAUCUUAGGUAGGUAAAUAGUUGAUGUGUUCGUUGAAAUUCAGUCUUUAAACUUCAUAGAUUUUUGUCAUCAUCCAUAACAUAUUAUACAUUAUUCCAUACAACUGUUAAAUUUCGCUUCAAAAAUUUAAAUCAUCGGCUGCAUCACAAGCCUUAUGAUUCCUCUACCCAUUUUGUUUUCAAUUCUUGCAUUUUACUGCUUUACUAUUAUUAGAAUUGAAUCAUUUGUUUGAGAAACUGCUAUAUCCAUUUUACACAAUUCCGAGAAAACAACAACAAAAAAAGUUUUCAACAAAUUGGCACCGAAUCUUUCGAUUUCUUCAAUAUAGAUCAAAAACUCAAGCAGUAUUCCAUAAUUGCACUUAAUUGUUAAUUCCUCGUUUUCAUAUUCGUUUUAGUUCCUUCAGAGGUCUCAUAUAGAGGUCGAAUUCCAACGAGCGUCAGUUAGCUGUUAUUUUAAGAUAAACAAAUAUAAGACUCUCAAACACACAUACAGACUAGGCAGUAGCAUGCGUUUGGAGUCAAACACGUACUGAAUGUUAUAUUUAGUAGUAAAAGUCAGAUUUAGCCAAUUUUAUUAGUAGAUUUAUUGAGAAUUAAUUCGUUUUAUCUAAAUGUAAAUAAAUGUGCUGUGCAUGUCCAUAUGUUUCAGUGUAUCCGUCCAAUUGUGUUUAAGUGUACCGCGUCAACCUUUUUUGUUGUUGCUCGUGUUUUUAAUUACUAAGCUUUAUUUUAACUCUUGCCUAUACUGCCGUGAAUCGCAUAUCUAUCCCAUAUUUGCUGGGUUUCCUAUUGAUAUAGGACAAAUAUGCGAUUCUCAGUAGUAUAGAUAGUUUAUGUUUUCUAUCACGUUUUUUGUUCUAUUUAGCUCCUAGGUACUUACUUCACUUUCGUGUUCUCCCGCUUUUGCAUGAAUUAAAGCAGAACAAAUUUAGGCCAACCCGUGCAAAUAUUCUUUUUAAGCCCACCUUGCGUUAGAUUUAUGUAAAUAUACGUUUAUGGUGUCCUCCAUUUCAUACAUUCCUGAACAAGAACUUCAGCUUGCUUCCACUUACUCCAAAGUUGUUCAUUUAGACUAACCUAUUUCGCUAUUAUUAAGUUAGGGAAAGGCAAGCAUUUAAAAAUCAUUCUGUACAUAUAGUGAUGACUUUUUUCGAUUGAUUACCAUUUAAGUAUUAAUGAGUUUAGUUUUGCUGCACAAUUAUUCGUGGAACAAUUAGGUAGCAGAGUAGUAAUUUUAUUAGGAUAAGUAGAGUGGCAUAGUUUUAACAAACGAUAAACGAAAAUAAAGUUCUCUUUUACAAAAAAUA